GGCCUUUCAAAAGCUGCGGUCGGACCUUGACGAGGGCCGUCUUUGCUCACAAGGAGCCGUGACAUUGCCUGAUGACCACUGCUCCAUAGCAAAGGAGAUCUUUUUUUUCUUCUGCUUCCUCAGAACAUGCUGGCAUAAUCCCACAUGGAUUUAGUUGACCUCUACCUCCCCGAGUGCUUCACCUACCACCCUGGCGCACAAGAGCUGAGCAGGAUGUCGGCGAGGGGUCCGGACCCGCCGUGCCCCGCCUCUGUCAAGCGCGAGCCGUCCAGCCCCGGUAGUUCGCAGGGUGACGCCAGCCCGCCCCGGCCCAGCCCCGCCGCCUCGUCCUCAUCCACCAACUCCAGCUUGGACAAAGGCCACGGCAAGGAUCUGGGAUCCGCUCACGGCCGAGAGCCAAUCAGGUUGGCGGAAGACGAGGCCCUGGUCAAAUGCCAAUUCCUGCUGGGCUCGGCGGCCAAGCGGGCGUGUCUGGUGUGUGGCGACGUGGCUUCGGGCUACCACUACGGCGUGGCCUCCUGCGAGGCCUGCAAGGCCUUCUUCAAGAGGACCAUCCAGGGCAGCAUCGAGUACAGCUGCCCGGGCUCCAACCAAUGUGAAAUCACCAAGCGCAGGAGGAAGUCGUGCCAGGCGUGUCGCUUUGUCAAGUGUCUGGCCGUGGGCAUGCUGAGGGAAGGUGUGCGUUUGGAUCGCGUUCGAGGCGGUCGGCAAAAGUACAAGCGGCGAGUGGACGCUGACGACGGCACCUGCUCUUAUGGCCAGCUGCACAAGAAAACCUCGAGCGACACCACCAACCAAGUGGUGUCGUUGCUCCUGCUGGCCGAACCCGACGCCAUUUUGGCCAUGGCCGACCCGACGGAGCCCGACAGCGACAUCAAGGCGCUGACCACGUUGUGCGACCUGGCCGACCGCGAGCUGGUGGUCAACAUCGGCUGGGCCAAACACAUCCCAGGCUUCCCGUCGCUGUCGCUGGCCGACCAGAUGAGCCUCCUGCAGAGCGGCUGGAUGGAGAUCCUGAUCCUGCGCGUGGUCUUCCGCUCGCUGGCGCUGCACGAGCGGCUGGCGUACGCCGACGACUACGUGAUGGACCGGGACCGGUCCAAGAUGGCCGGCCUGCUGGACCUCAACAACGCCAUCCUGCAGCUGGUCAAGAAGUACAAAAGCAUCCGGCUGGAGAGGGAAGAGUUUGUGCUCCUCAAGGCCAUCGCGUUGGUCAACUCAGACUCGGUGCACGUGGAAGACUCUGAGGCGGUCCAGCACCUCCAGGAUGUCCUGCAGGGGGCCUUGCAGGACUACGAGGCAAGCCGGCACGCGCAGGAGCCUCGGCGGGCCGGCAAGCUGAUCAUGAGCCUCCCCCUGCUGCGUCAGACGGCCGCCCGAGCCGUGCAGCACUUCUGCGGCGUCAAGCGGGACGGCCGCGUGCCCAUGCACAAACUCUUACUGGAGCUGCUGGAGGCCAAAGCCUGAACCCUGCAAAUGUUGGUCGAGGACUUUCUAAGGUUGUUCUAAACAUAUCUACAAAUAUUUUUCAAAAAAUCUACCAUAACUUUAAAGCUCUAUGGAAUUUAUUGGGACAUGUCCAUCAUUUGCAAAACUUGCUGGCUUUUAUUUUUAUUUUUUUUAAACAUAUCUAACAACAACUUUACAUUUCAUUGAACCCGUUUUUGUGUGUGUGUGAAUUCCCUCUAAAUUCCUGCAUAGCUUCAAAACACCAACUGUCUUCUGUGGUGGACGUCAAUGUGUUUUCCCCUCGUAGCCAUUGUCGUCAGCUGACGUCGUGUCGUGUGGAGAUUGUUUGCAAAUAUUCAGCUGUUCAAGGAAAGCCUACUAGUGCGCUCGCCACUGAGUUUGGGGCAUUAAGUCUUCAUCAAAUGUUCUACAUUACUCUAACUGUACUGUAUUUGUGUGUGUGUGUGUGGGGGGGGGGGGGGCGUUGCAUG